CCCCAUCGCCUUUAAAUACGCCAAAACCCCUCCCCUCCCCCGUGUCUCCCACUUUUCUCUCUCUCUCAUAACCAAACCACUUUCUCUCUCCUCUCUCUUCUCUCUCUCUCUCUCUUCACAUGGCCGUUGGAGCUCCUCCCCAAUUCAGUUUCGGGCAGAUCCCUUUCCCUUCCGAUCCAAUGCUGCCCGAGGCUGUUAGGCCACCUGUGAAUCAUACUUUUUCUUCUUAUCUCUUGCCGGAGGUAUCUAGAAAGCGGGUCAGAGACGACGAGUUCGUUAUCCCCUCCGGCGAACUCUACCAGUCUGAGAUUGACCGGAUUGUGUUUAAUCAUACGAAGAAGCUGAGAAUGGAAUUGCAAGAGAGGCAGAGGCGGGAGACGAGAUUGCUGGUGGCGGCGAUCGGAGAAGGCGUCAGGAAGCUGGUGAGGGAGAAAGACGGGCAGAUUCAGAUGCUGGGGAAGCUCAAUUUCGCCCUCCAGGAGCGGGUCAAAACCCUCUACAUGGAGAACCAGUUGUGGAGGGACUUGGCACUGACCAACGAGGCCACUGCCAACUCCCUCCGCAACGACCUGGAGCAAGUCCUGGCGCAUGUCGCCACGGAGGAGCACGUCUCCGACGGAACCGUCACCGCGGCGGCAGCGGAGGAAGACGCCGGGUCUUGCUGCGACAGCAGCAAUUCGGGGCCGGUUCCGGCGGCGACGGCGGAGGUGGUGGUGGGGCAAGGCGGUGGCGUGAGGAUGUGCCGGAGAUGCGGGGUGAAGGAAUCUAGUGUGCUGCUGCUCCCAUGUAGGCAUCUGUGCCUUUGCACGAUGUGUGGGUCCACCCUUGUUUCUAGGUGUCCUGUUUGUUCUUCCAGCAUGAAUGCCACAGUACAUAUAAACAUGUCUUCUUGAAUUUUUUAUUACCCCAUCCAUAGGAGUAGAAUAUUUUUUAAAAACAACAACAGGGGAACAUGCUUAUA